CUAAUCGCGCCGCCGUUGGCGUCGCCGCCGCCGCCAGCGCUUUGUUCGCUGCGAGCGCAAAAAAAAAGAACCAGAGCGGCUAAAGCAGACGCCAGAGGAGCAUGGAGGGAUACUGUGCCACCGACGAAGCAACGCUCCCUGGCUGCUUCAUCGUCAAGUACCUGGGUGUCCAAGACGCCACGGGCCUGUGGGGCCUCAAACACACCCGGCGGGCCGUCGACGAGCUGGUGUCAGCCGCCAAGAAUGCCAAGCUCGCCACCCUCAUGCCGAUGGUGAAACUGGAAGUCUCUGAUAAGGGAGUAACGCUCGUUGAACUCAGCGCUGUUCGCGGAGGCGGCGGAACCGGCGUCGUCGUCUCCUCCGGCGCUAACAACAGGUCGCCGGGCAAGCAGUCGUCGGUGUCGUGUGUGUUUCCCAUCGAGUCCAUCUCGUACGGCGUGCAAGACGUGAGCUACAGCAAGGUGGUGGCGAUGAUAGUGGUGAGGGAAUCUCCCAGCGCGCUGCAGCAGCACGAGCACCCGUUCAGGUGCCACGCGUUCGUAUGCGAGAGCAAGGCAAUUGCCAAGCGGCUCACGCUCACGCUGGCCGCGGCCUUCAAGGAGUUCAGCAAGAUGGUCAAGACCACCAAGACCCGGGAGAUGUACACGAAAAAGUUCGCCAUCGAUCUGCGCGGCGAGGACGACGGCGAGUGCGUGCCCGAAGACUCGGAAGCGUAGCUCCCCGCUGCGCGCUGCAGUGAGUGCGCGCCGUGUUUUCAAUGUGCGCGCUGCCGGAUAUUUUUUUUUUUUUUUUCGAGCUUAGUGUUUGUACAGGUUGCGCCGUGCUCCCGCGUUUAUUCCUCUCGUAAGAAGGAGAAGCGCGUUUACCUUUGAACGGCGUUCAAAGGUUGCCAAAAGUGACUUCAUCCGACGGAAGUGCAGCGAGACUGCUAAAGCGAUGGAUUGUAUGGUGCAGUUACGCGUUGUAAAUAACCGUUAACUUGUGUAGAUAGUCACUUCUUCUUUUCGACUUCUAUGACGUGUAAUAUAUCUUCACGCGUUUUCGACUUCCGUAACAUGUAAUAUAUCUUCGUACGUUCUCCAAAAA